AUGGUUACGAUUCAUACAGAUGCUUCGAAUGAUAGUGGUAUUUUUGCUGAUAGCAAAGGUGUAAGUAGGAUUGUGCCGUGUCAUCUGGGGAAGUUUCAAGGUAGUACAUUUAAUUACUCGAUCUUUCAGAAGGAAUUAUUUGCAAUCCACAAUACACUCCAAGCUAAUUAUCCUUUGACCAGUUAUACUGAUGUUAUCUGCAUUUUCUGUGAUAACAAAGCAUUGGUGGAUGCAUGUGUAAUAUCUGAUACCUUAACUAGAUGUCGUAAUCCAGAAACAGUCCAAGCUUCUAGUUAUGCUGUCAAAGAAGCUUUGAUGGAGUUUGGUUCACAUUUUAUGGCGGACGUUGAACUGCAUUCUAGUAAGAUUAGAAUACGUAUAACCACUUGGUACUUCCAAUGUUCUGCAAUAUCUUUCAACAAGGUUGGGUUAACUGAUGGUAAGUUGGUCAAGUUAGAAAUGAAUGGUUAUUUCACUAGGCCAGUCAUUUCUAACGAUUCUGGUAUUGGUGAGAUUUUGAUCGUGAUUCAUAAUGAUAGAGGACAUAUGAAAUACGUAGAUGAUAUGUAA